GGAAGUGUAGUUUACAUAAAUCAAUCAGCUAAAAUAACAAACUGUUUUUCUCCGUUAAAUCAACGGAAACGUUGGUUUGUCACCUGCUGGCAGCCUUGUUGACCUCGGUCGUCUCACGUGACCCGCUAGCGUUGUGCUAAACUACAGUUAGCCGUUUUCUCCUGAAUAAAACUACAUCUCCCAGAUUUAUGUCCACGCUUCAGAAUCCGGCGAAGAGGUCAAACAUGAAACCGGCAAGUGACGGAGAGGCGCCGAGGCUGUAGGUGCCAACAACAGGUAACAGGCUCCCAGAGAGGACCCUCCUGCUGUCCCGCGAUGGCGGUCCGGAUCCUGAAGGUCUCGUCUCUGGCCUCGGCGCUGUUGGCUUCCUCCGGGCUUUACCUCUACAGCCGACCGUUGGACAUCAAUGACCUGAGUGUGAUCCGCUUUGGGCGAGCUGCAGCCACGACGGCGGUCAUCAGCUACGACUACCUGACGGCUUUCAGACACGUGGAACACGGAACCGAGGAGUACCAGGCUGUCAAGUCCAAGGUUCAUCUGCGAUCAGCGGAGCGUCUGCGGGACUUGUGCUGCUCUAACCGAGGAACGUUCAUCAAGGUGGGUCAGCACCUGGGGGCUCUGGACUACCUUCUGCCUGAGGAGUACACAUCCACGCUGAAGGUUCUCCACAGCCGAGCUCCUCAGAGCAGCCUGGAGGAGAUCCAGCAGGUCAUCAGAGAGGAUCUUGGGAAGGAGCUUUCAGAGAUAUUUGUCUCAUUUGAGGAGGAACCUCAGGGUGCAGCGUCUUUAGCUCAGGUUCACAGAGCAGUGCUGCAUGAUGGGAGGACAGUAGCCGUCAAGGUCCAGCACCCCAAAGUCCAGAAACAAAGCUCCAAGGACAUAAUGGUGAUGGAGGUGUUGGUGAAGGCCGUUCAUUGGCUCUUCCCAGACUUUGCCUUUAUGUGGUUGGUGGAAGAAGCCAAGAAGAACAUGCCGCUGGAACUGGACUUCCUGAACGAGGGACACAACGCUGAACGCGUGGCGUCUCUGUUGUCCCACUUCCCCUUUCUCAAGGUUCCCACGAUCCACUGGGAUCUGUCCACGAAGAGGAUCCUGACCAUGGAGUUUGUGGAGGGGGGGCAGGUCGACGACAGAGACUACAUGAAGAAACACAACAUCAACGUGAACAAGAUCUCUGAGAAUCUGGGUCAGCUGUACAGUGAGAUGAUCUUCGUCCACGGCUUCGUCCACUGUGAUCCGCACCCUGGGAACGUGCUGGUGCGACGGCAGAAGCAGCAGACGGAGAUCGUCCUCCUGGACCACGGCCUGUAUCAGGUCCUGCAGCCUGACUUCAGGAUGGAUUACUGUCAUCUCUGGAUGUCUCUGAUCCACGGAGACAUGUCUGGAGUGGAACGUUACAGCCGCAGACUUGGAGCAGGAGAUCUCUUCCCGCUGUUUGCUUGUGUGUUAACGGCUCGAUCCUGGAAUGCCGUGAACACCGGCAUCAGUUCUGCUCCCGUCACACAGGCUGAGGAUGUUGAGAUUCGUAGCAACGCUGCUCGGUACCUGCCCCAGAUCAGCGACCUGCUCAACAGGGUUCCUCGCCAGAUGCUGCUGCUGCUGAAGACCAAUGACCUUCUGAGGGGCAUCGAGACCACCUUACAGACCAGAGCCUCGUCCUCGUCCUUCAUCAACAUGUCCCGCUGCUGCGUCCGAGCCGUGGCCAGACACAAGAGGUCCAAGGCCCGGUCCAGAAGCAGGCGUGUCCAGAUCAUGCUAACGGAGUCUCUGAGCUUGUGGAAGCUCUCCGUGUACGAACUUCUCCUCUGGUUCAGAGGGUCCAUGAUGAUUCGCUGGCUUGCAGCCAUUCUGGCCUUUCUGCACUGAUGCACAUCUGGACACAGCUGGACCUUCUGAGAUGUUCAGUAAUCUGGACACGUGCAUGAACCGGUGUCUGCUCAUGUUUGGAUUCAUUCGUUCUCUGUUUCCAUCAGGUGGUUGUUCGGUGGGGG